GUGGGGACAAAAUAAUAACAAAGCAAGACCGUCUGUAGCACAUUUUUUCACUCACAUUUCACAAGUAACUUUAAAUUCACAUUAUAAUUGAUUAAGUGGAAUUGUGAUGAGUUAGUUUGAUCUCGAUCUAAUUUUCUCCCAGAUAUUAACAUAUAAGGUUUUUUCAAUUAAAAAUUAAACAUGCGAGAAAUGAUCUUGGGCGUUUUGCGCGGUUGCGGCCGAUUGUUGUCUGCGAGGGACGUGGUGGCCGGGCCGCGGUUGGUGCACACGACCUGCAGCGCCCUGGCCAGUAGGUUGGACCCUGAGGAGGUCGAGGGCGGUCACAACUGGCUGCUGCGCAACGAGAAGGUCUUCCCGCCCCAGGCCCCUGGCGAAGAGCCCCGACCGGCGUUCGUCUGCCACAUGCGGUCGAACGUUCGGGGCAACUACAAGAACAUGUGGUACCAGGCGGGCUUCAUCCGCGGCAUGUCCAUCGACGAGGCCCUCAAGCAGCUCAGCUUCCAGCGCAAGGGCUUCUGCGCCACCAUCAAGGAGGUGCUGCUCGAGGCCCAGCAACUCGCCCUCAGGGACCACGGCGUCGAGUUCAAGAGCGACCUCUGGAUUGCCGAGUCGUUCGUGAGCAAGGGGCAGCACUUCAAGGGGCUGCGGCGACACGCCAGGAUGCGCAUGGGCGAGGUCAGGUACCAGUACAACCACUACUACGUGCGGCUGCAGCAGGGCCCGCCACCUGAGCACAGGUUCAAGCCGAAACCCACCGGCGAGGAAAUGCUGCAGAAAUGGAUCCAGAAAAUGCGCGACCGACACGUCCAGAUUUCCAUUUAGUCAAUUUUGUUGUAAUUUUUAGAAAUAGAUCAAUAAAAUUCAUGUUUAAAUAGAAAUUUCUUUCAACUGGAA